UUUACUUCUACUGGCUCCAUUUCAGCAGUCAAUAUCACCUCUCACGAAAUUCCAAAUCCGAAAAUCAUCUAAGCAUGAAUCUACCCUCUGGAGCUGACAACAUUCUCCAACUCCGGGAGGAUUCCACUUUACCUCUUUUUAUAAUUCUUUCUUGCUGUGUGAGUCUGUGUGUUGUUUUCGUGAGAGGCUCCCUUCCCACCUCAGUCAUUGGUUUGCUCACUCCCUUAUGUGAUGAAUCAAUGCUUCCAGAACAGGGGCUUCCGAGGGACUGCAGAAACAUUUACUUCCAAAUGAACUCGUGCAUCUUGGCAGGGAGCGUUCAGACCACACCCCAGGUCUCUUCUGGUGAUUCUGAAGCCAAACCUCUGAUCUUCACAUUUGUCCCCACUGUCAGAAGACUACCAAUCCACUCUCAGUUGGCUGACACCUCUAAAUUCCUUGUUAAAAUUCCUGAGGAGCCAAGUGAUAAGAAUCCAGAAACUGUAAAUAGGUCUAAUUCCAAUGAGUACUUGACCUUGAAUGCUGGGAGCCAACAGGAGAGAGACCAAGGGACAUUGACAUAUCCUUCAGAGGUCAGUGGAAAGAUUUCACAAGAAAGGGGAUUCAAAGCAAACGAACCACAAGGAAUGCAGCAAAGUGACCUCUUCAAAGCUGAAUAUGUCUUUAUUGUGGACUCUGAAGGGGAAGAUGAAGCUACAAGCAGAAAAAGUGAACAAGGCCCCCCAGGGGGGAUGGGCACCACAGCUACUCGGCCCAAAUCUCUAGCAAUCUCCUCCAGUCUGCUCUCUGAUGUGGUGCGUCCCAAAACACGAGGGACAGACCUCCAGGCCCCAUCACAUCCUGAAAUGCCUCUGGGGAUGGCCCCACAGCAAAAGCACGGGCAGUUAACUUCUUCUCCCACUACCUCUGAGCAGCUUGCCUGUAAACCACCUGCUUUCUCCUUUGUUUCUCCAACUAAUCAGAAAACACCACCUGACCCAGUUAACCUCGACGGAGCCUCUGUCCUAGAGGAGUUCCACACUAGGAGGCUGGAUGUCAGUGGGGCCUUGGUGGAAGAAACAGCAACGUAUUUUCAAACUUCCGCUCACUCUUCACCCUAUUUUGCAUCGAAGGGCACCUCCUCGACGUUACAGGUUCCCCAUUCCACUCAGUUAUCAGGUUCUAAUUUAUCCAGUCCAAGUGCAGCCGAUCAAAAACAUGGACUGACGUCCGAAGUUCUGAAGAAGACAACUUUAACAUCGCAUGUCCCUAGCCCCAGAGAGAGUCCGAGAACCUCUUCUCCUUCACCAUCCUCCGGUGCUUCUCUGAAGUCGAAUUCAGCCUCCUACAUACCAGUCCGUAUUGUCACGCAUUCACUCUCUCCAAGUCCGAAACCGUUUACUUCCUCUUUCCACGGCUCUUCUUCCACUAUCUGUAGCCAAGUGUCGUCUAGUGGAAAUCUCUCAAAGUCAGGAGUGAAAUCCCAGGUGCCCUCUCGGCUUUCCCUCCUCACUGCUAUGCUCAAGUCAAACCCUUCUCACCAAAGACCCUUUUCCCCUGCAUCUUGUCCCACUUUCUCUCUCAACUCCCUGGCUUCUUCCACACUCACACUAGAUCAAAGAGUGAAGGAAACCCUACCCACGCCUAAAAAAUCUCUCUCGAGUUGCUCCCUGAGAGCCGGAUCUCCAGAUCAAAGGGAACACCAGGUUUCUGGAUUUAGCCAGCAAUCCUUUCACUUACCUUCUUUCACCACAUCUGUUCCCCCAUCUCAGGCACCGUCCCUUUCUCCCACAAAGCAUGUCGGUAGCAGCCCUGUUUCUUUGAAUGUAGAGAAAACACCAUCACCCACUUCUUCAAAGAGCAAUCCAACGCUCUCCCUGCUCCAAACCAAUACAUCGAGUCCUGCAGGUCUUCCUCCUGUUCCACCAAGCUUUUCUCCUCUUUCUUGGAAGGGCAAACAGGAUACUGACCUCAGGGGUCUAGAAAAGCCCACAAAUAUUUACACACAUCCUUCUAAGUCAGCCUCCUCUACGUUAUCUUCUCUAUCUCCUCCCACUAACCAAAGAGCCACACUCUCCUCUCCAGAGAAAUCUUUCCAUCCUUCCCCAGCUCUUUCAAAUCUCAUAAACAGAUCCAAGAAAGCUUCACCACAGCUAUCCGGCCAGGGGCAGAAUCCUCCAGCUCCUCCUUCACCCCUUGUCUCCAGUGCUAGCUCUGCCUCUCUUCCCAAAUUGGGGCCCUCCCCUCCCGCUCGUGCUUAUCUUCCCUCCCAGGCACUCCAGCUCAGUCCCUCGGCACUGCACCCAAAUUGUGGCAGUGGUACCUUGCCUUCAAGACUUGGGAAAUCUGAAAGCUCAAUAGCGGACCACAGGUCAUCUGUUUCAACCCCAUCACCUCCCAUCUCUCUAACAAGAACGGAGGAGCUGAUUUCACCUUGGGCAUUGUCCAUAUCAACAGGCCCUGAAACUCAGAAACCCAAGCAAUACAAGACCAAGUCAAGCUACAAGGCUUUUGCAGCAAUCCCUACAAACACAUUGCUUUUGGAACAGAAGGCACUAGAUGAACCAGCCAAGACUGACAGUGUCUUCAAGGACAAAACAUUAGACCCACCUCUGGAGUUCUGUUCCCCUGCACAGCUCAGGCAGCAAACUGAAGAGCUCUGUGCUACCAUUGAUAAGGUCUUACAGGAUUCCUUGUCUAUGCAUUCUUCUGAUUCUCCUUCAAGUUCCCUACAGACAUUGUUGGGUUCUGACACAAUCAAAACACCUACAACUCUUCCACGAGCAGCUGGUCGAGAAACCAAAUAUGCAAACCUCUCUUCACCAUCCUCUACAGUAUCUGAGAGUCAGCUGACUAAGCCUGGAGUAAUUCGCCCAGUACCUGUAAAAUCCAAAAUCUUACUGAAGAAGGAGGAGGAAAUCUAUGAACCCAACCCUUUCAGUAAAUACCUGGAAGAUAACAGUGACCUCUUUUCUGAGCAGGAUGUGACAGUCCCUCACAAGCCUGUUUCUCUCCAUCCUUUAUAUCAGACUAGACUCUAUCCUCCUGCUAAGUCCCUGCUGCACCCACAGACCCUCUCACACGCUGACUGUCUCACCCCAGGACCCUUCAGUCACUUGUCCUCCUUCUCACUGAGUGAUGAACAGGACAAUUCUCACACCCUGUUUAGUCACAACGCGUAUAAUAAGCUGAGUCAUCCAAUGGUGGCUAUUCCUGAACACGAAAUUCUUGAUUCCAAAGAGCAAUGAAGUUGGAGCAGAAGCUGAAAACACGGGCUAUGUGAAGUUUUUUGGAAUGCCGGUGCUAAUCACUUGCUAGGUCUAACUUUUAUUUUUUUCUGCCUUCGUGUUUCUUUUAUGAACUGCAGUGCAGCAGCGGAACUAAAAAAAGUUUUCUGCGGGCAUCUAAGAUCGCAGUAGUCUACUAACACCCAGCAUAGGAGAGGUUAACUACGGCUUCUCGCACCACUGUUAGAGCCUUCUAAUGCCUUCUAUUAAGCUGACAGCAAUCCUAACGUGCCCUUAUAUUUAGCAGCCAAAUAAAGAAGAAUCAUGGGUAAAUAGAAGAAUGGUUGUGACUAUUUUUCAACACCAGUUUUAUUUAAUGCAUACAUUACUUAACUGAAUCAGGUUUUAUCACCCCUUUGCCUCAUUUCUUUUACGUGCUAAAAAAAAGAACAACUUUUACAAAUGAGUCCCUGCCUGCUUGCAGGGGAUGCUAAUAUGCAGGGGUUCGUUGGGCAGAUUUCUAACAUGAGAAAGUUGGUAUUUCACAUCACACACACUGUUUUCCUGUUUGGUUGGGGUUCUGUGCUGCUGGGACAGACUAUGUACAGAGGCAGCCCAGGGAUCCUGUUGCUGGAAUGUCUGACAUCACUGUCUCUCUUGUCCAUCACCACAAGAUUCUUGUGAAGGCUAUUUCAGAGUCAGUUGGUACUCAUAAUUUUGGGAGCAGCAAAGACCACAGCGCAAACCCACACUGUGAUGACAAUCCUGGGAGCCCACCCUCCAACACACCCGAUAUCGGCCCACAAUAUCGGGCAUGUUUAGUUUCUUUCCCAGUUGUCAUCCCCAGUAGUCUGGCCUCGGCUUCUCGAAGUUGUUUCCUUUUUAUAGCCGUCUGUCCAGCUGGGAAGCCCUGGACAACACACCCUAAGGAAGAAUCCACAGCAAUUCUGGACAGUGAAUUUCUGGUAGCAGAGGAGGCUGAGUAAUGGCUGCUUUACUUACCCCUUCAACACAGCUCAUGUUCCCGUUGGAGCCAGAUCUGUCUGAACCACAGUUCCCUCAGACCACUUUGUCAUCAACCCAUCCUUCUGCCCAGGGCAAAUCAGGGAGAGUUUCCUACAGAAGAGCAACUGGCCUCCUUCAUUCUCCACCCGCCAUUUUGGAACGCUCCAUUGUCAGUCAUCAGUUGGCCCAGGAAAUAUAAAGGUCUCAUCAACUCCUCAUUAGUGUGUGAAGAGCAGCAGAGCCCUAGUACAGCUCUCGGCUCAUCUCUCCUCCCCCUGUGAAGACUACUUCUCCAUCAACCUGCUAAGUUGUGUUGAGGUAUCACUUUAGAUUAUUAAUAAUAAUCCCUAGUAUUUAUUGUGCUCUCAUCAUGUGCCAGGCACCACACCUGGUGCUUUGCAUGAAUUUAAUUUAACUUUCACAAUGAGCCUGUGAGGUAGGUAUAUUACUAUUCAUAUUUUAUGUUUGUGAGGACAGGGUCCAAAAGGUUAAAACAAACUAAUAAAUGGUAGAGGCAGAAUUCAAAUCCGGAUAAUCAGAUUCUAAGAGCAAGCCAUUUAGUCAAUCAUUUGUCCAUUCAUUUAUUUAUUCAGUUGUUGAUCUUGGGUAUAAAAGGUUGAGUUGAUCACACUCCCCAGUUCAUGACAGAUUGCUAUUAUAAGUUUGGGCAAGGCUCCUCUCUGGUGUACCUGUUGACUGGAUGAUUGAUUGGAUGAUCUUUUAUAAUAAUUUCUAUCUUCCUUCCCCCUGCUAUAGGUACACAUUCUUACUUGUUUAAUCUAUAUUGUUUACUUAUGUAUGUUUUGAAGAUGU